AGCUCGGCCCUGGCCCCCGCCCCCUGGCCCCGCCUGCGCUCAACUCUAUGGCCGAGCGGAAGAAGCCCGGGCUUCCUUCUUCCCGUUUCCGGUCGGUUCGCUGAGCCUGGGGGAGCUGGAGUCCUGCAAAGAAGUGUAAAACCUCAAGGUCCUCAAAAGUGUCAGGAAUGAUCCUGCUGUAAAGUCUUUGGAAAGGAUUUUUCCAAGGACAGCUACGGAGAUGAUUGAUGUAAAAGCCUGGGCAGAGUAUGUUGUGGAGUGGGCUGCAAAGGAUCCAUAUGGCUUCCUUACUACAGUGAUUUUGGCUCUGACUCCACUUUUUCUAGCAAGUGCAGUACUGUCUUGGAAACUGGCAAAAAUGAUUGAGGCCAGAGAAAAGGAGCAGAAGAAGAAACAGAGACGUCAAGAAAACAUUGCAAAAGCCAAACGGCUAAAGAAAGAUUGAGAGAAAAAUCAGGUUAAGAAGAAAACCCUUCUCAGUGAAAGAGUCUACAGUUAGAGAAAAAUCAUUCAACAUUAUGCAGUUUUCAAAGAAACACUAGGGUGCUUUUGUUGUAUUUUAUAACAGUGUUAUCUUAUCCAACUAAAUUUGGCCAUGUGAGAAAAUUUAAACUCUAACCUCAAUGCUUUAACUAGUAAUUUUUUCAGCUUGGGUACAGAAGUUUGUUGGUGCCUGUCAGCUACUGUAUAAAUGAACAUUUAUACUGCAAAUUCUUUAUAACUCAAGUUUGCCAUUGCUUUUUGGUAGCCCAUGCUCUUAAGUGAAUCUUAUGUUAGAAAUGAAAAUGAUUUAAAAAUAUGAAUGAUCAUCUCAUAACACCUUAAGUUUGGGAUCCUGUUUGUGGACAAAGAUUUGGAAUAUUGAAAAUCAAUUUUUUUUUCUCUUUUAGGGGGAUGAGAAAUAUAUUCUUCAGUUAUUUUUUUAGACCAUUGUUUUUGUGACCCUUCGAUAGAUUUAUGAUUCAUUGGGGUGUGUACUUGCUCUACCAGUACAGUUUAUAUCCCUUGCAUGUUUUCCUCAUCCUCUGCAAUGGUUGUUGAUGUCAUUCCAUAUUUUUUUGAGAGGAGCCACCCAGUGGGUGUCUUCCUCUGGUUCUUUUAAUAUUGGUGCUUGGGCUAUCUGUCUUGUCUCAUUCUCACUCUUAAACUAGCCUACCUCCUUUUCUGAUUAUGCAUGUCCUUAUGAUGUACUUUAUGCUACCAUACAGCUCUUAUUCACAAUUGUUUCCUUAAUAUGGAAUCAUUUUUGAGAGCAAAAGCAAAUCUUGAUCAUUUUUGCAUUGUUAAUGUCAGCUACACUUGAAAGAUUCUGGCAAUGUGAUUGUAAGACAUUUCAUAUUUGAUUAAUUUUAAUACACUAUAGAAUUGUCCCCUGCUUUCUUUUUUAAUUGCAUAGCAUAUUAUAUAUUGUGCAAAUAGAACUAUGUGCAGUUAUGAACACUGCUAUCCACCUUAGGAAUCACCUGCAGAGGAGAAUUUACAAUUGCUAUAAAUAUGCCAGACUUACUGGGAUCUGACUUAUUCAUGUUCGUAUUGUACAUAACAGUGAAUUGAUAAAAUGUUUUGUCUGAUGAUUCUUCAAAUACAUACCUUUUUUUUAAUCCAUUAUUUUAACCUGUGUGAUAACAGAUCCAGUGUAUCCAUAGGUUCAGAUAACUCCACAUUAAAGGGCAGUUUCCUGAGGCAUCUUAAAAACAGGCCCCUAAACCAAAAUAAAACCCAUUUUUAUAUGUGCUGGUAGAAUGGGGAAAAAAAACCACCCUGAUAUGUAAACUAAAUGGGAAUGAAAACAAGUUAAUUGUUUUUAAUCAAAAAGCUAAAAUAAGACUUCUCUUUUGAAAAAAGGAUUGUUUGAUUGAUUUAACCUUCUUGUAUGCUUUUAUGACUAUUUAAUUGUUAUGAUCAUUUUUUCCUCCUAAAUGAAUUUAAAGUUUUUAAAGUUUAAAGUUAAGGUUUAAACUUUUUAAAGUUUUAAAUUAAAGAAUUUAAAGUUUUAAAAGUCUAGUAAUUCUAAUUUAAGAAAUAAAUUAGGAAUAUAAAUAAAUUUGAUACUUUUUUAAGA